UCGCGGCACGUCAGUUCUGCACUCUACCCCAGCAGGAAUCGACCUGCAAGUCUCCUCGCACCUCCGGAAGUGGGAAUUACAGGCUUGGACGUCAAACCCACGCGGGUGUCCUCAUGACUUCCCCUGCAGACCAUGUCUAUGAUCCUUUUUGCCUGUGUGGUGAGGGUGAGGGAUGGACUGCCCCUCUCGGCCUCCACUGACUUUUACCACACCCAGGAUUUUCUGGAAUGCAGGAGACGGCUCAAGACUUUAGCUUUGCGACUGACCCAGUACCCAGGUAGAGGUUCUGCGGAAGGACAUCACUUCAGUAUACAUUUCUCUUCGUUGGGAGAUGUGGCUUGCAUGGCUAUCUGCUCCCACCAGUGUCCAGCGGCCAUGGCCUUCUGCUUCCUGGAGACUGUGUGGUGGGAAUUCACAGCUUCCUAUGACACCACCUGUAUUGGCCUAGCCUCCAGGCCAUACGCCUUUCUUGAAUUUGAUAGCAUCAUUCAGAAAGUGAAGUGGCAUUUUAACUAUGUAAGUUCUGCUCAGAUGGAGAGCAACUUAGAAAAAAUUCAGGAGGAGCUUGAGUUCCAGCCUCCAGUGGUUCUCACUGUGGAGGACACAGAUGUGGUGAAUGGGAUAAUGAACGGUCACACACAGAUACACGUGGAGCCUGCUCCUAAUUUCCGAAUGGAGCCAGUGACAGCCUUGGGUGUCCUCUCGCUCAUUCUCAACAUCAUGUGUGCUGCUCUGAACCUCAUCCGUGGGAUUCACCUCGCAGAACAUUCUCUCCAGGUUGCCCAUGAGGAAAUUGGAACUAUUCUGGCUUUUCUUAUUCCUUUUGUAGCCUGUAUUUUCCAGUGUUAUUUGUACCUGUUCUACAGUCCGGCCAGGACUGUGAAGGUGGUGCUGAUGCUGCUCUCUAUCUGCCUGGGCAACAUGUACCUGCAUGGGCUAAGGAACCUCUGGCAAAUCCUUUUCCACAUAGGAGUGGCCUUUCUGUCUUCAUAUCAGAUACUGACCAGGCAGCUUCAGGAGAAGCAGUCUGACUGUGGAGUUUGAAGAGGACAUCGUGUGAUGAAUGGAUCCUUUCAUUUCCUUUCACAGGACUCUUGAUACUGUUGGCCUUGGGCCCUCCAGGAUCCAGCGAGGCUGGUUCUGCUGCUUAAACCAAACCUCAAGGCCCAUCCCUGACCCAGAUGAGGGAAGCUCUGAGCCUCCCGUCUGGGAGCCGUGAUGUCAGACCUCUGUUGCUGGGGUAACGUCUUGGCUGGGAACCUGUGGAAAAGGGCUUGUCAGUAAGACCUGGGAAUGGCCGGAUAUGGAAACAUCUGCCCGUGUGUACUGAUGGCAGAGCCGUGGCUCACAAGCACCUUUUAUUUAGGGUAAAAUGAUCAAACCCAUUCUCUUCUUCUAACCUGUGCUUUCUAUGUGUGACCUUCUUUAACCCUUCUGUGAUUCUGGGGUUACUUCAGAAGUAUAUUUAAUGAAUUAUUCAUAUGACUUGACCCACCACCCCCACCC